AUGGACGAUGACGGCACCAUGAGAUUAUUUCCCCAGUCGCUUGUUAAGCAGAUGAAUUUAAACAAUCAUCCUACCUACUCCUCGUUUGAUAUUUAUGCGAUGUUUAACAGCGAGGCCAAUUAUUGGUUUGAUGGUGAUGGAGAAAUUCAAACGGAUCAAACGGAUUUCUUAUUUGUUAUAGUGCAUGAACUUACACAUGGGCUGGGAUUUACCACUGGCUACGACGACUACUUAAAUAGUCCUGCUGUGGCGCUGACUCCUCAGAUCAGUAUCAAUCCAAGUACGAAUUCCUCGGGAUUCUCGUUCGUGGGCUUUGUGGAUAUGAUAUUUGAUAAAUUUAUGGUUAUCCUGUCCACCGGGCAGAGAGUUUCGGAUAUUACCAAGCAACUUAAUACUUUUGCUGGAGGACCUGGUGCCCUAUUUAGUAGCACAGCCCAAUUCGUUUCUCAAUUUAAGAACUCUUCACAAUACAAACUGGCCCAGCAAAUGAUGGAAUAUGCUACCACCUCAAAGGCGAUAGGGUUGCUGCCAGUAAAUUCAAGUAAUAUCAGCCAGGCAAUUAUUCUCGAGACUUCCCUGGUUCCGUACGCAAGUGGAUCAAGUAUAAGCCAUGUGGACUACAAAACUUAUACAAGAACCAGUGAUUUCUUGAUGAGAUACCUGCAAGAUAUGGGGACAACAUUGGGUCAGUCCAUCAUUUGGGGUGGUAAUUAUUCAGGCGGUUCGGUUGGUCCUAAAUUACGAUUAUUCCUUGGUUUGAUGGGGUACACGAUUCAAAAUCAAUCCGUACCCAUCACUUUAGUUGGAGAAUACGUUACAAAUAUUUCGGGUGCUCAUAGUAUAUCGCCUAUAGUUCUCGCAAAUAUAGCGUGCCUAUCGGCGAUAUCAUUUUUUGAAUGGUUCAUGACGUUUAGAUGA